AGACUGUAGCUUGCCUACCAUGGGGGCCAGGGUUAGAAUCGGUCCCCUACACACAGACUGUUGCUCGCCUACCAUGGGGAACAGGGUUAGAAUCGGUCCCCUACACACAGACUGUUGCUCGCCUACCAUUGGGACCAGGGUUAGAAUCGGUCCCCUACACACACUGUUGCUCGCCUACCAUGGGGACCAGGGUUAGAAUCGGUCCCCUACACACAGACUGUUGCUCGCCUACCAUGUGGACCAGGGUUAGAAUCGGUCCCCUACACACAGAGUGUUGCUCGCCUACCAUGGGGACCAGGGUAAGAAUAAACAAUUGCUGGUCAUCAGAGAUGGUUUAGGUGUCCCCCUACCACAAUGCAAUUAGAUGUUGCUCUUCAGAUAAGUUACUGGUUUGUCUGGCCCAAGUUUAUGGUGUCUGGGCCAGGUUUGGUUAUUUACAGACUGACGUGAUAUAGCUGUGACUGCAGUUUAAGACUAGAAGCUGAAAAAUCUGUCUUUAUCUGUCUUGUGACAAAUGCUAUCUGACCAUGCAGCUUGAUAGGGCACUUCCCUGAUUGGAAGAUUAUCCAAUGAUUUACUGAAACCCUUCCUCAUAAGCGAUAAACUGCAUGAGAGAUGUCACCACUCCCAUGACACUGACUGGUAGAAUAUCACAAGCUUUAACACCACUUUUAACUGAGACAAUAACAGCCUGCUGAACGUAUAGGGUGAUCACUACAUAUAUAGGGUGAUGGAUGCUGAGAUCUACUCCGGCCAGGAUACAUCUCGGCUGUGGUGUGUAACAUGAAGCAGAGCAGAUGACCUCAGACAGACUGUUCUCCAGAACCUCACAAUGUCCUUCAAGUCCAACAGGUUUGAUCCCUUUAAAGUAUUUGAGGUCCACCACAAGCCCUGCACCAUCCUCGUCAUCCAGGUGAACCAGGGAUUCAACAUCACCAAAGGAUGGGCUAAAGAUCUUGUCGACACGCCUGAUCCCUAUGUCGUCCUGUCAAUCAAGACGUCCCCCUCGGGCUGGCAGAAGACCACGGUGAAGGACAAUAACGUCAACCCAGUCUGGAAUGAAACAUUCACCUUCUUCCUGGACCCCUCGCUGGAGAAUGAACUCGAAAUCAGUUUAAUGGAUGCCAACUACAUGGUAGACGAGCACCUGUGUACCAAGCACCUGCCUCUCAAGCCUCUCCCCCUGGACAAGACUGUCAGACACCGAAUCAGGUUCAAUGAUACGUCUGAAGUGGAGAUCCAGAUGGAGGCCAGUGUGGACUACGACCCCAAGUUGAACUACAGCCUGGCGCUGUGUGAUGAGGAGAAACAGUUCAUGGAGACAAGGAAGCGGAGGAUCUUUGAUUCCAUGAGGGACAAACUCAAAGAGAACGGACCCCGGAAUCUCAGAGAGGUACCAACCAUAGCAGUGCUUGGUUCCGGGGGAGGUUUCCGUGCGAUGUCCGCAAUGUGCGGGGUGAUGGGUGCUCUAGUCGACAGCCAGGUGCUUGACAUGGUCUCCUACGUCGCAGGUCUCUCUGGAUCAGCCUGGUACAUCUCCCAGCUCUACUCCCACCCUGAUUGGCCAAGAAAAACACCCAAUCAGAUGAAAGAGGAACUAAAAGAGAAUAUCCAGUCGAGUCCGUUCUGGCUGCUCAACCCACAGAGUAUGUACCGCUACAUCCGACGCAUCAUGGAAAAGAGACAGCAUGGACAGCCUGUGUCAUUCACCGACUUCUUCGGCCAUCUUGUGGGAGAGACGUUGCUCAAGGGGAGACUGGACACCAGGUUAACAGACCAACAGCAGAGGCUCCAGUCUGGUGAGAUCCCAAUGCCUCUCUACACCUGCCUCCAUGUCAAGAAGCAUGUGUCGGCCAUGAUCUUCCACGAGUGGAUGGAGUUCAGUCCAUAUGAGAUCGGGAUGCCAAAGUAUGCAACGUUUAUGAAGCCACAGUUGUUCGGAAGCAAGUUUUUUAUGGGUCAGCUUGUAAAGCAAUACCCAGAACCCCCACUGCACUUUCUACAAGGUAUCUGGGGCAGUGCCUUCUGUAUUCAGUUCAAGCGUCUCCUGCAAGACGACAAGCAGGUGGAUGCAGUGGAACUCAUGAGGCGGGAGAGGGAGGAGCUGGAAAAGGAACUCCAGCAAGAUAUUGACAACCAGUCAGAUGAGGACAGUGACACGAGUGAUCCAGAGGCCGAGAUGGACCCACCAGCAAAGUCAAACACAAAGACCAACAAGAAGCCUCUAAGGAAACCCUCUCUUCGCAAAACAAAGUCAGGCGAGAAGAGUCAGAAAUCUUUCUGGUCGGGGAUGUUGGAGAGCUUGUUUGACUCAGCGUUGUUCCAGUCCAUCGAGGGUCGGGCGGCCAUGGUUCACAACUUCAUGAGAGGGCUGUCCCUGUCCAAUGUCUACCCAUAUUCCCCGUUUGAUGCAUCCACUGCCGAGCAUUCCAAAGACCAGUUCGAUGGUAUAUUUGAGAUGUAUCCAACCCACAUCAAGAAGUUGUACGUUGUUGAUGGGGGGCUGACAUUCAACUCCCCAUUCCCCCCGAUGUUGCGACCUCAGAGAGGGGUGGAUCUCCUGCUGUCCUUCGACUUCAGUGCCAGACCGAGCGACUCCACGCCAGCAUUCAAGGAACUGCUGCUGGCAGAGAAAUGGGCACGGCUGAAUCAAGUUCCAUUCCCCCCAAUCGACCCGUCAGUGGUGGACCGGGAGGGGCUGAAGGAGUGCUAUUUGUUCAAGGACCCCAAGGACCCCCACUGCCCCGUGGUGCUGCACUUCUGUCUCGUUAACAUCACCUUCAGGGAUGAAAAGAUGCCAGGAAUUCCUCGAGAAACAGAGGAGGAGAAAGACUUUGCUGACUUUGACCUGUUUGAUGACCCUGAAAGACCUUACUCGACCUUCAAUUUCAAGUAUACAAACAAAUCAUUUGACCGUCUUACGAAGCUUACAGAAUUCAACACCCUGAUGUACAAGGAUCUGAUUCUGGAGCAGGUCAAGCACUGCAUCAAAGUGAGGCGGAGACAUAGCAUCCGACGACCAAUCAAAUUGAAGGACAUUAAGAAACUUGGUCUGAAGGACAAACAUAAGGUUGAGAAGCUGGAGGCAUUUAUACGGUCUUUGGAUCAAGAUGAACCACCGAUAUGUUGAGGGGGAUGUAGUUAUAGCUGUCUUUUCUCGUUCUUGGCAAUAGAUUUUAUACAAGGAUCAGAUUGUAUUCAAGCUGAUAGCUGCUGACAAACUAGUAGCAGUAAUAUUAUAAAGGCAAUCCAGGCCUCUACAGGCACAUUGAUUUACCAAGAUCAGAGGUUUGCGGCCACAUUAACUAAGAUGAGAGUUAUCUCCCUUUUGUUUCUGCAUUUACCAAGACAGGAGUUAUCUCCCUAUUGUGGCUGCAUGUUUUGGAGCCGUGGUAUAUUUUGUAAUUUGUUUUGCCUUUUUAAAAGACCCUGCCUUGCAGAGCCUUGAUUUGAGAGUAGAAAAAUAUAUGAUGACAUUUCUAUUUAAUAAUAAAACAUUCCUCAUUAAGGAAGAGCGCCAACUGACAAUGACUUACUCAUAUGUGUAUGCUCCUGUUUACACUGGAGUUAAGCCUUAUGGAUUAGUUUGUCUCCAUCCAAUGUGUUGUAUGGAUAAACAGGAUGAAUCAGGCUGCCCCUCUCUGACUGCAAUGUAUGGAUAAAUGAGGUACAUCUGACAACCCCUGUGUAAUUGUGUUGUAUGGAUAAACAGGAUGAAUCAGGCUGUCCCUCUCUGACUGCAAUGUAUGGAUAAAUGAGGUACAUCUGACAACCCCUGUGUAAUUGUGUUGUAUGGAUAAACAAGAUGAAUCAGGCUUCCCCUCUCUAAUUGUGUUGUAUGGAUAAAUGAGGUGCAUCUGACAACCCCUGUGUAAUUGUGUUGUAUGGAUAAACAAGAUGAAUCAGGCUUCCCCUCUCUAAUUGUGUUGUAUGGAUAAAUGAGGUACAUCAGACAACCCAAGUGUAAUUGUGUGAAAUGGAUAAACAAAAUUAAUUCAGCUUCGCCUGUCUAAUUGUGUUGUAUGGAUAAAUGAAGUAUAUCUGGCAACUCCAAUGUAAUUGUGUUGUAUGGAUAAACACAAUAAAUCAGGCUUCCCCUAUCUAAUUAUGUUGUAUGGAUUAAAAACAUGAUUAAAGCUGGCACAGGUUGGGGACCAUAAAAAAUUGAAAAAUAUCUUUGGGGAUACUAGGUGCAACUUUGGUUCAGUAAAUGGAGUACCAGGACAUAUGAUUGGAAUUGAGCAUCAAUAUAUUUUUUUCUUAUUACUGUUUCGGGCGGUCGGGUAGCCUAGUGGUUAAAGCGUUCGCUCGUCAUGCCGAAGAUCUGGGUUCGAAUCCUGACAUGGGUACAAUGUGUGAAGCACAUUUCUGGUGUCCCCCGCCGUGAUAUUGCUGGAAUAUUGCUAAAAGCGGCUUAAAACCAAACUCACUCACUCUUAUUACUGUUGUUAAUGUCAUAAUAUGUCAGGAAGUUCUUAUAAAGGCAGUGAAUUUACUUGUCUCUUUUUGUGUAUGAGAAAAUGAGAAUCUAGGUGUUUUCAUCCUCUAUAUGGGACGUUUCACUGAUAGAUUAACUGAGAUACUAAGACAUUCUUCCUCUGACGAGCAGUGAGGUAGCCUAGUGGUUAAGUUCACUCGUCACACUGAAGACCCGGGCUAGAUUUCCCAUGGGUUCAAUGUGUGAACUCUAUUUCUGGUGUUCCUGCUGGGAUAUUGCUAGAAUAUUGCUAAAAGGGGUGUAAAACCAUACUCACUCUUGCGCUCAUACUUCCUCUUAAUGUCUUUAAGGGGUGUUUCACAAUUGAAGUGAUGUUCAAAGCGGUGUCAGACCAAACUCUAUUCCUCACUCACUCACAAAUUUGAAACAAAUACCCUCCCGUUACUCUCACUGCAUGUUCUGGUGCGUUGAUGACCACUGCAUGUUCUGGUGCGUUGAUGACCACUGCAUGUUCUGGUGCGUUGAUGACCACUGCAUGUUCUGGUGCGUUGAUGACCACUGCAUGUUCUGGUGCGUUGAUGACCACUGCCACAGGCUUAUUUGCAAUUCACGUGACCAGACUUUUUUUUGUGUUUGUGAACAAACACGCAUUUUCUGACAUCAAACAGACUUUCGGUGCGCUUUCCAUAUUGUUUUGCAUAAUUAUAUAGAUAUACUGCUACAACUGCGAUAGUGAGGUGCAUGACAAUAUAUCUUUAUACAUCCAAGUAUCACUAGCUCUUCUUAGGGCUUCGAUGACAGCAUGUGGAGUGAUACAACUAAUUUAAAAAAAGAUAAUUACACAAGAAAUAGUUUUUAACAUUUAGGAUUUUCGCAAUCAAAGUUUACCAUUCAUGACAUGUUUAUCAACAUGGGUAGACUUGCAAAAAAGGAAAUAGCUGAAAAACAUUUGCAAUCUGUUGAAUAGACUGUAGUGAGUGAGUGAGAUUGGUUUUAUGCCUUUUUUAGCAAUAUUCCAGCAAUAUCACGCGGGGGACACCAGUAAUGGGCUUCACACAUUGUACCCAUGUCGAGAAUUGAACCCGGGUCUUCGGCGUGACGAGUGAACGUUUUAACCACUAGGCUAUCCAGCCGCCCCGAAUAGACUCUGUAAGGUGUGAUGAGUUGACGAGCUUGUCUGUGGCAAAGGUACUAGGCUGGCCGCAUGGAACAGAGUAGGAGACUGAUCUCACGGCUGUAUCCCCAGCUGCUAGCUGUGUCGUGAAACCAACACUAAGAAAUCAUCAAAACAUUAUUUGUUCUUUCUUAUGUUUCUUCUUUUUUGAAUAUCUAUGUAAAAGUCACCUAUCAAGGUAAGUAUUUGGGUAUCACAAGCUUCCUGUAUAUAUGAAUUUUGACUAUGAUGCCUGAUGCAUGACCAGCCUUGUCAUUCAAGCCACUGAAAGGGUUAAUACUUUCUAUACAUUGCCAUGGAUAUAGGCAUUCCAGACCCUACAUUCUAUACUCACCACCAAAAUAAACAACCCGUGAAGAUCAGGGGUAGAAUGGGUCUUCAGCAACCCAUGCUCGCCGUAAAAGGCGACUAUACUUGUCAUAAGAGGCGGCUAACAGGAUUGGGUGGUCAG